AUGGAAAUAACCAGACACACCUUCAGUGAACAGUUGGAAACAGUUAUCAAAGAUAUUAAUGAGAGUGCCUUCAUUGCAAUUGAUGGCGAGUUUACAGGUCUUGAUGCUACUGCUUCAGGACAUGCCUCACAUUUUGACACACCAGAAGAGAGAUACAAUAAAAUCAGACAGGAGUGCUCCGAUUUUUUGUUAAUCCAGUUUGGCCUGUGCGCUUUCAAGGCAGAUGAAGAAAAAAGAAGAUACGAGGCCAAGCCCUAUAAUUUUUAUAUUUUCCCGACACCUUUGACACGACAUGCCCCAGACAGGAGAUUUCUUUGCCAGAGCUCAAGCAUAGACUUCCUUUGUUCCCAAGGCUUUGACUUCAACAAACUGUUCAAAGAAGGCAUUCCAUUCUUGAUACCUGAUGAAGAGAACAAACUCAAGGCUGAACUGGAACGUAAGCAUGAAGAGGCUAGAAAAUCAGGCUCCGGGUUACUCACAAGUCCUUAUCAGGGAAGUGCCAAGAAGAAUUAUGCAUCGAUCCCUGAGGAGCAGAAACCUUUUCUUGACAACAUCUGUGAACAGAUCGCAGAGUAUCUCAAGGGUCAGGAUAAAGAACCAUUGGUUAUUCCCCCUUGCAAUGCAUUUCAACGAAAACUCAUUUAUCAGACAGUUGAAGAGAGGUUUCCUGAUGCUCACAUUGAAACAAAGACAGGAGAGAAGAAAAUCAGAUACAUGGAGGUGACCAGAGCAAAAAGUCCAGAGGAGCAGCAGAAACUGCUGAAGGAAAAACAAAACUUAGAAAAGAUGGAACUUGAUAUUCAGGUCGGAUUUACAAAGGUCAUCAGAGCUAUAACAUCAUCUGGAAAGUUGGUUGUUGGUCACAACAUGUUUCUUGAUGUCUUUCACAUACUGAACAAUUUCCACGGAACGCUGCCAGCAGAUUUGGAGGAAUUUAAGGCUGUCACCAAAAGUGUGUUUCCAAGGUUGCUGGAUACAAAGCUGAUGGCUAGCACACGACCUCUGCAGGAACUGAUUUCAUUUUCUGGUUUGAGUGAUGUAUUGCAGACGUUACAAAGUCCGCCAUUUUUGCCGGUCCAGGUCGAUGUUGCUGAAGGCUUUGAACGCUACCACAAUGGGGCAGGGGCUCUGCACGAGGCAGGUUAUGAUGCUCUCAUCACAGGCCGGUGCUUUGCUACAAUGGUCAAUUAUUUAGGUACACUGCAGAACCCUCCCAAGGAAUUCACAUUGCCCUCGUCUCAUAUUGUAGAGCCAUUUGUCAAUAAGCUGUUCCUCAUGCGAAUCAAUGACAUUCCAUAUCUCAAUUUAGAUGGGCCAGACUUGAGGGUCAACAGAGAACAUGUUUUCCAUGUCACCUUUCCCAAAGAAUGGAAACCCUCAGACUUGCAUGCACUUUUCCAGCCGUAUGGAGCUGUUCAAAUUUCGUGGUUGACAGAGACGACAGCCUAUGUUGCACUGCACAAAAAGGAGAAUGCCUCUAUGGCUUUAAAGGCCCUGUCUCAACACGUGGGCUCCUUUCAUGUCAUAUCCUAUGCGGCGCACCACCUCAGCAAGUCUACACGGUUCUUGUCAGCCAGCUCACCCGCUCCACUAUCUUCUCCAAGUAUCCCUGCCAAGAGAAAGCUGAAGGUCAAUGAAGCAGAUACUGUGCCGCGGAAAGCCAAACGUCACUCCUUAACAGAUGAAGUAUCACCAUACCCUGUAAUUCCUGAAGAAGACGAGAGUUUGAAUGACAGCACGACAGAGACAGUCCAGCAUGAGAGUUGCAACAGUGAUCUUGGUCAAAAAAUGGAAGAUGGCGAGACCGAAAAGACCAAAGAAAAGCUUUUUGAUGAGUCAGGAACUUGGUGA